AUGACAGAGCCGAGAAGAUUGAGAGGACAUAAAGGUACCGCCACGUGCUGCAUCGCCUCACGUGACCGUCCUGGUGUCGUCGCUACCGCCGGCGAGGAUGGUUGCAUUUGCUUGUUUGAUAUGAGAUGCAAAGACGCGCAGCAUAUUGUUGAAGUUGCACAGGAACCUAUUACUUCAUUGUGUUUCAAGUCUGGGAAUGAAGAUAUCAUGUAUGUUUCCUCUGGAAAUGAAGUUAAGUGUUUUGAUGUGCAUAAUAUGGCUAGCAUGUGUACGCCAUUCAAGAGUUACAACUAUAAUAAGGACGAAAUAAAUCAGAUUGCAUGCAACUCUAAGGCAGCUUUUCUUGCUUCUACAGAUGACGGUGGCGAUGUUAAGGUCCUCAGUGUACAAUUCAUUCCAUGGAGACCUUGGGAAGUCAUUACUGGGGGUCUCGACUCAAAGCUUGUUAUGUGGGACUUUUCAAAAGGACGCCCAGUCAAAAUUGUUGAUUUUGGUUUGCAUGACAUAAAGAAGGGUAGCAGUGGGGCAAAAUUUUACAAUCCUGCAUUUGUUCAUGCAAUAGCAGUUCCAGAUGUUGAUAUGUUGGAAAAGUCAGAUAAAAUAUGUGUUGUGGCUAGGGGAGAUGGCGUUGUUGAUGUGAUAAAUAUUGAAUCAGAACUUGCAGCUAUUAGGUCAAAAAUUUGUACAAAAGCACGGAAAGGAUCUCCAUCUACAUCUAAAGGUGGUAUUGCAGCUGCUGGUACUGAAAUUCUUGAUCUUGCAAGAAAUAGGUUGCAUUUGGAUUACUCUGUGGGUGGUCAUUUUGCUGCUGUGUCUUGUGUCACAUUUUCAAUGUUCGGGGAGAAGGGGAAGCUGAUAAUUUCUGGUGGAAAUGAUAAGUCAGUGAAAGUCUGGGAUUGCUCCAAAUAUCAUGAUGCAGGACAGAAUGGUGGAAACAAUGAUGUUCUACGUCUUAACAUCGACUUGGGCAAAAAGUACCACCCUCUGAAAGACACCAAACACACCCUGGCUUUGGUUAGGGCAUUUGAUAUAAAAACAAGGCCCGAAAUAAAGGAUUGGAAAGAAGCAAAGGGAGACCCUCUUGAAAGAAUUGAAGAACUGGGGUUGUAA